AUGCUUGGAAGACAAAAUCAGCAAACUACGACCGAGGGUGGUCCUCAGUCUGCUUCGUCAGUUCCUUCUCAAAACUUCUACAAUCCUGUUCGCUCCUCUCUAUACAUAAUCAUACUCACCCUUACAGUUGGUGCACUUCAAUUGGCAUGCACAAAGGAUCAACAAAAGAUCGAUCUCUACACUGUUCCAUUUGCAUGCAUAGGUGUCUAUAUCUUGGACUUCUCUAUCGCACUUAUUCAGGCAUCUGCGCGUGCAUUAAUAGUCGAUGUGGUUCCUACAUCUCAACAGCAGAUAGCCAAUGCAUGGGCUGCUCGCAUGAUUGGCAUUUUCAACAUUGUUGGUUUCUGUUUUGGCUCUAUCAAUCUACCGAGAAGGUUUCCCUUCUUUGGAAAUACCCAGUUUAAGGUACUCAGUGUCAUUGUAACUAUCUUAAUGGGCUCUAUGAUUGCUUUCUGCUGUUGGUAUGUAAAGGAAAGAGAUCCUAAACACGAUUUUGCUAUCAGACUUCAAAGGCAGAAGCAACAGAUGAGACUGAGACAGCUGUGUUCGGACUCAGAUGAAAGCCAGAAGAUAUGGAUUCAGACUCGGCUUUUCUUUGCACAGAUUGUUCGUUCUUUCAAAAGGCUUCCUCCUCAAGUUAAAAUGGUAUGUUACACCGAGUUUUUUGCUUGGGUCGGCUAUUUCCCUCUGCUUUUCUAUACCAGUUCUUACGUGGGAGAGUUGUACCUUUUUGAGAAUGGAUAUGCUUCUCCUGAUCAGUUACCAAUAGACUUGAAGCAGCAUAUCUUGGACGAGAGUACCAGGCGUGGCACUAUUGCCUUGCUAGCAAAUGCCAUAGUGACUCUAGCCGUUGAUUGUCUUCUUCCAUUCUUGGUUGAGAGGGCUUGCCCGACAAGUCGAUGGUAUCGGUUUUUCAGUACAAGAUAUAUGUGGACAUUAUCUCACCUAGUGUUUAUCCUUGCCACAAUGUCAACAUUCAUGGUGACUUCAUCUACUUCUGCUAUUAUCCUCUUUGCGUUCUUGGGAUUCCCUUGGGGAUGUGCAGUAUGGAUUCCAUUUGCCAUGAUCAGCGAGGAAAUUAGCCGAAUAAAGGAUGUUCGAACCAUCCAGAUUUACGAUCAACAACAGAAACUCAAUAAUGAGGACAAUACACAGCCCGCAUUCAUGUCAGGACAAUCACCGAGCGAUCCCGCUCAGGACUCAGUACGUAACGGCAAAUACAUGGAACUCGAACAGGAGAUGCCGAUGGAGCGUCCCUCAAUCACCAAGAAGAGUAGGAUAUAUCUUGCACCUUCAUUGGUAGAACAUUAUGACAAUCUCGAGCACGAUUCUGGUAUUCUGUUGGCCAUUCAUAAUGUGUUUGUGUCAGCACCUCAAAUGGUUUCGUCAGUGGCAUCUUCAAUUUUAUUCAAGCUACUCGGUAGUAAAGGAGGGUACGAUGACUCUCUUGCAUGGGUUUUUAGGUUCGGCGGUGUUGUAUCUAUUGGUGCUUUGGUAUUAAGUACGAGGGUUAAAACGAACGAUCAGUUAUACCAGGACGAUAAGGAAAUGGCUAAAGAAGCAUGA